CGCGCUGCCCGCGCCGCGCUCCGCGGCCGCGCUCCGGCCCCUCCGCCGCCUCCCCCGACCCUCCUGCCGGGCGGAGGAGGGGGAGGGAGAGAGGGGGAGGAGGAGGAGGAGGCGGGAGGGGAGAGAAAAGAAGAGGAGAGGAGAGAAGAGACACGAGAGACGCGCCGCAACUUGCCGCCGCUCCUCCCUCCGCUCCCUGGCCGCGCCGCUGCCCGGCCCCUGMGGGCUGCGCUCCGCGGGAGGCGGCAUCCAGGGGCGCAGCGCUCCGCGGGGCCGGCGCCUCCCGAUAAGCAGUGAUUGGACCAGCAUCUGUUAAGAGAAUUUGCAGAAACACUGCUAAAGAUACCCAAUAGGAGGAAGCAUUUGUCAAUACUGUAUCUCACUUGAACAUCAAGCCCUACACAGACUGCAAGCCCAGAAGCUUUUGCUUCCUCCUUGGGAGAGCCUGUAUGAAGACYUGUGUGGAUGAUGUUAUAAGAAACAGAAGGUGCAUGCAGCACAGAUGUCGGCCUUUUUCAAGGAGUAACCUCUUCAGCCCCGAGUGAUACCAGCUCCUGUUAGUACCAUGGGGCCAGAGGGUGGUUUCUUGGGCAGUGGACAGAUCCAYGUGAUCCUGUGGGGAAGUUUGGCAGCCAUGACAACACUCUUGUUCCUCACCUUCCUCAUCUUYCUUUGCUCCAGCUGCAAUGGGGAGAAGAAGGCCAAAAAUCAGAAUGGAGAUCAUGAAAAUCUGAUGAAUGUGCCUUCYGACAAGGAGGUUUUCAGCCACUCCAUCACCAGUUCAGUGACAGAACCUCCCCCAAACAGUGAGCAGAACGGAGCACUCAGCAACGGUGAGGUUCUUUCUGAGGACAGUACAGCUGCCUGUAUCCAGCCUUAUGAAGAAGUGCAGACAUCUGAUCUACUAGAUCAACAGGAUAGUCUUGGAAAGUCCAUAAAAUGUCACCAGAGCCGUGAACUACCCAGUAUUCCCCCUAACAACCCCAUGGAAACAAUCAUCUCCUCUAGAAAUGCAGAAAAUGAUCAAGGUCUUGGAAUGGAAGGGCCUUAUGAAGUCUUGAAAGACAGCUCCUCGCAGGAGAACAUAGUUGAAGAYUGCUUGUAUGAAACUGUGAAGGAAAUUAAAGAUGUUGGAGCAGCAGUCAGCAUGGAAGGGAAGUCCAACAGCAAAUCRAAGGCUUCACUGACAGUUUCUGAAGGUCAGAAUCAGAUUCCUGAGUGCAGAAUUGAGUCAGCAGAAUAUGCAUCUGUUGACMGAAACAAGAAGAGUCGCCAAAGUGCAAACUCAGAAAGUCCUCUUGACAACCUACCACCUGUAGAGGACGAGCUGCCCCCUCCGGUACCCAUGAAACUUCUUGAUGAAAAUGAGAAUGUGCAAGAAAAAGAAAUGGAAGAAGAAGUGACAGAAGGAGCAAGUAAACCAGAAAAGAGGCUUAGUUCAGUGUCUUACAAGUCUCGAGAGGAAGAUCCAUCUCUUACAGAAGAUGAGAUCUCAGCCAUGUAUUCAUCGGUGAGUAAGCCAGGACAGGCCAUCAAAGCACUGGAUUCUCCUUACACCUGUAUUCAAGAAAUCACAUCUCAGAGGUCCCCGUCUGUUUGCAGUGGCCUCUAUGCAAGYGUGAAGGACUUUGAAAACACCCUAAAUUCCACCACCGUGCCUCAGUCAGCAGACAGACCAAACGGGGAGCUAGAGCCGGAUUAUGAAGCUAUCCAGUCAGUGAGCCAAGAAGAAGACAGGACCUUGUCCGUGCCUAACACAAACCACACUGCUCUUUCAGGAGAGAAUGACUAUGAGAGCAUAGGGGACCUGCAGCACCACAGGGAAUUCACCAGACUUUAACUUCUCUGGCAGCAGAUUUCCCCACUGUUAUUUUCAAAGGAGCAAGUGAAACACGGAGAGGGAAGUGCAUCUUCUUUUGAGGAACAAAGCUGAAGUCUAGAACACAAGUUGUGAAGAAGCAAUGUAUGUUUCAGCCAGGGUGUGAUACCUUCUGGUUUUUCUGGGUGCUGGAUCGAGGCUCAUGGGAAAGGGUACAUCAAGUCUGAAUGAUGACCAAGACAACGUCCAGGUUUCUUUAUGAUUAGCUCCAAGGCAAAUGUAAUUUGGGAWGGAGUGCCAUGCUUGUCAUCCUGAUAGGAUUACGUACCAAAAAGACUGCCUUUUCACCAGUAUAGCUUYUCAUUUUAAGAAAUUAUUUUGUGUCAUUUUCUUCGAAGCAUUUUUCAAGCAUAAUUUUUCAUUCAGGUUUUGGCAUCCACGAUGUUGAGCAAACCACAGCUCAUUGUACCUCAACUCAGACUUACUUUGGAGGGCUGGGGAAGGUGCACUCACUUCUGUGUCUCUYGGGGACCUCUGUCCACAUUCACUGCAACUAAAGUGCAAACAACAGUACUUCACAAGGGACUGACUCCAAAUGUACUUGAAUUAAUUCUGUUGGCUUUUCCUUUUUCCUUUUCUUUUUUUCUAAUGUCAAGGGCUGUAGAAUGUGACUUGCAGUAUUUGAGAUGUGUACUGAUAUUUGUGGGGGUUUGGUUUGAUUAUUUGUGAAAUAUCCCUUUAAAAUGGCARUGGUCAACCUUAGUGUUCUUGCACUGUUUGCCUCAAAUGGACAUAAACACCUACACAUUCACACCCCAGAUAAUUGUCAUGUUGCAAAAAGUUGUGCAAAUGAAUGCUUUAGCAUAAUGUGUAGUCUAAUCUUAAUAGUAUUGAGUCUUUUUUGCAGAAUUUUUCCUUUUUUAAGACUUAAAGUAUUUUAAUAUGUUCGUCUAGUUUAUUAUAUAGGAAAAUUUAUGUACUGUGUUGAGUGGAUAGUAUUUUUAUUUUUUACAAUAUAUUUUUCAUCUUCAAAGUUUUUGUAGAUUAACUUACCGGGUUUUGUAACAGGAGGAAUCCCAUUCUUUAUUUGGGCUUUAUUUGUUCAGGAUUUUUAAUUUUUUUUUUUUUCUUAUUUCAGAAGCAGAUAAAUGAAAAUUGUUUUGAGGUUGUUUUGUUGGCUUUUUCUGUCUCCUUGAGCAGCGAUAUAGAACAUGCCUUGCUGUUUUUAAGCUCAAAAUAAUGGAGUCUACRUAAAAGGACACUGCUGAAGGGCAAAAAGGAGGCAAAAGAAACAGUGGGAUUUAGUCAGGCAUAGCCAUGGUCUUCCUUGUUCUUCUGCUGAAAGGAGCAGGAGGGCAACCAAGACCUUCUYGGGUCUCUGACACGCAGUUUGAAAGCCACUAGCUUUUCAAAAAUGCCGAGUUACUCUGUUACUGUGAAAAACAAAGUACAGUGCUUGGAUGAAAUAAAUAGGUACUGGAUUGGUACUUCUUUUCUUCAAAAAUAGUACAAUAAAUAGUACAAUGGUACGAGAAUAGUCCAACGGUGGAGAAUUGGCAUKGUGUGACAUGCAUGUGCACACACCCCCAUGUAUAUAAGCAUACACUUGUAAUUUGGACACAAGUAUAAAUUAUAGUCUGAGCUUGGUGACAUUCACAUACGUAAUAUCUGGCAUGUGCUUGAAGAGCAGUUUAUUUUUAAUUGAAAAUGAAUAGCACAUAAACUGAGGUUGGCUUAUUCUGUAGUAAACAGAACAGGUUUACUUUCAGCUCAGUUGGUACUGGGUUUUGAUAUUCCAGGUUGAGCCCUUCUUGGAUUCUUGGUCAGUGUUCAACAUUACUUGGUACCAUAAAGAGCAAACACAGAUCUGGUUAUGCAUAUUUAUUAGAAAUAACUUCAUAACUGAAAGAAGUGUGCUKAUUUAUGGGCUUUGCCUGUAAAUAGUACAGCUCUGAGGAGCAGUGCAAGUGUUCAGUCAAACUCUGCCCACGGGGAGUUCAAACUUCAGGGAUCCUGACCUUGUGUGACAGCACAGCACAUUUGAUCUUUGACUCUCUUCCUUGGAGGAGAAGCAGUUCAGACGAGUCUAGAUCCAUCUUGUUCUUUACCAUGCUGCCAUGUUUUGACAGCUGCAGCAAACUCUUUGCUUCCACUUCACUUCAGUGCUUUUUAAGGAUGACUUUGGCUUUGCAUUCUGGAGUUUCUCCCUUUAUGAAAGUUUCUGUUUCCUUGAAUGUGAAUUCAUGAAGUUCCCCUUUGACUGUUCUCUCCUUCUACUUCACACUGUUUAAUGCCAAAGAUGAGAUGCACCAUGUUUCAGAAGAUCUGUUGAGCUCAUUCUGGAGAAUUUCUUUAGUCUUUAACUCUGUGUUUGCUGUCUGUCUUUUCUCAGGGGUACCAGUUUAUAUAUGUAGUCCUCAGUCUGACUCUGCAGCUCAGUGGCAGGCAUACCUCAACUCCUGAAAUUCCCAAAUACAUCUUAAUUAUCCCCUCACAGGGGUGACUGCUUUUGAAGAAACAGUGGGAACAUGAGGUAUGCCAGGUUCCCCAGAUUCAAUUUCAAGACCAAUACAAAGAUAAUGUCAGUUGAUAGCAAAAAAUAAAACUGAACUCUUGAUUGUAAAAUUUCAAGGUGCAAAAGAAGAAAAGCAAACAUCACUCUMCAAGUGCCCCCAUUGAGACCAGCAGGUCAAAGGAUGGUGGAGGCCUGUCCAGUCACUCUGUUGUCUUUCACAGCUGGAGCAAGAAUAUUGAUUUGGAGGAAGGGACACAAGAUGUGGGCCCUUCCUUCCUUUCUUUCCUCUGUUCUGACAACUGCUCCUGAGACCCCCCGAGACUUCCAUUUUUCAUAGUGAAAUGAAAAAUUUUCCUCCCCCUCUCUUCUUUCUUUCCUUUCUGUUUUUAACCUGUCCCAUACAGGCUGGCACUGGGAGUUGGUACCAUGUCUGCAGUCCUGUGGCAGUGGCACAUUCCUUCUGGUUUAAAUGGCUCUCAGGCUGGUCACAACCUUUUAAUGGUCCAUCAGAUCUCAGUCUCGUGGAGAGGCAGUUCACAGUUUGGAUUGCUGCUUUUCAGAUGUAUACCUGCCCUCAGCCUUGAGACCCACACACACUGGACUUUCAGAGCUGCAAAAGAGAAUUACCCUCCUGAAAAAGGAUGUACAGGGAAGUCCAUAAUUCCCUUUCAAUCUCUAUUAUAUAGUCUAAUGCUAAAGGAAAAUGUUUUAGAAUUCAACCCAAGAUUCUCAAGUGAAUUCUCAAGCUUCUGGUUUAGUUCCCUCUUCCCAGAAGUAAGAUCUGUUCCUGGCUGUUGUCAAGGCUUCCUUUUCACUAAUAUACUCAAUAGAAAGAUUUUUUCAACAGUAAUCCCCAAAGAGAUUAAUCUGACUGUAAAGAAAAGGGAGUCUUUUCUACUUGUCUCUUUACUUCUAUUUUUUUACUCUUUCACCAUAUCCCAAAAUAAAAUGUCAACAUUCAAAAUGAAGUAUUUGUUACCUGGUGAUGUUCUCUGUGGAAGGUUUGGAGCCUAUUUCUUUGCCUCCAUUUUUUGGCACAGCUGUAUAAUAAGAUGCACACAUCAAAUG